AUGGAUUACCAAAAUAGAGCUGGCUCCAAGAAGGGUACUGGUGGGCUUGUUUCCGAUGCACAAGAGAACUUGUCUAGACGGAAACAGGUAGAAAACUUAUUGCGAGAUGGUGAAGAGGUUCCAUACACAUUUCAACAGGAGAAAGGCGAAGAUGAUACAUUGAAGAAGAAUCCAUAUAUUUACAGAAACCAUUCCGGAAAGCUAGUUUGCAAACUUUGCAAUACCAUGCACAUGUCAUGGUCCAGCGUAGAACGCCACAUCAACGGUAAGAAACAUGCGCUCAAUCUUAUUAGACGUGGAAACCAGUUAGAGAAGCAUAUGUCACAGAGGAGCGGGGUCGAGCAAUCACAGGAGGAAAUAGAGUUCAAGCAUGAAGUAGAGUCAAGAAAGCUAGCGCUAAAAUCUAAUGCUAUGGUACCGAGCUUGAAAAAGGCAUUUGUCCAAAAUCAAGAGAAUAAAAAAAUAGGUAUCGCUGUUCAGGUAGAUUACAGCAGCAUUCCAGCAGACUACUCAUCUGUUGAUGGAGCAGCAUACUCCCCACUCAUACGUAUAGUUACUGGAUUGGAACUAUCAGAUGAAGAAAAAAAGGACAAGAAGUAUCUCGUAAUUGCAUAUGAACCAUUUGAGAACGUCGGAAUCGAGCUGCCUUCGGACAAAGAAGUUAUUAUGAAUGACAACCACCUAAAUUUUGAUGCCGUCGAUGAAUUAAACGAGAAAUGUGCACUUUGGGACAACAACUCAAAGGUGUUCUAUGUCCAAGUUUUCUUCCAAUAA